AUGUCCUCUUUGCUCUCCUCGCUCCUCUCCCCGCUGGCCACGACGGCGUCGACGGCGGCCUACGAUGCCCUCGACCGCGGCCUCAUCCCAGACGCCGUGCUGCGCCGCGUCAUCCGCCGCCUCAACGCCGAGCGCAUCUCGUCGCUCGUCCUGCCCACCCCCGACUACGGCGCCCACAUCGCCACCAAGCUCGACUACGUCGCCUCGCUCAAGCAGCGCCAGAUUGCCAUCGAGACGGACAAGGCCAACAAGCAGCACUACGAGGUCGACACCGGAUUCAUGCUCUCCUGCCUCGGCAGGCGCGCAAAGUACUCGUGCUGCCUCUACCCGCGCGGCGACGAGUCCCUCGACCAGGCAGAAGACGCGAUGCUCGACAGCUACUGCACCAAAGCCAACCUCCGCGACGGACAGGACGUGCUCGACCUCGGGUGCGGAUGGGGCAGCCUCGCCCUCUACCUCGCCCAGCGAUACCCCAACAGCCGCAUCCGCGCACUCAGCAACUCAAAGACCCAAAAGGUCUACAUCGACCAGACCGCCGCCAUGCGCGGCCUGCGCAACCUCGAGGUCCUUACCGGCGACGUCAACACCUUUCAGUUUGAAGAGGGCUCCUUUGACCGCAUCCUCUCGAUUGAAAUGUUUGAGCAUAUGAAGAACUACGCCCACCUCUUCCACAAGGUCUCGCGCUGGCUCAAGCCCGACGCGGCCGCGCCCUCGCCAGAGGACCCGUCGCUGCUCUUUAUCCACAUCUUCUGCCACCGCACGACGCCCUACCACUUUGAAGAGUCGGACGGCUGGAUGGCGCAAAACUUUUUCUCGGGCGGCACCAUGCCGUCGCACGACCUCUUUCUCCACUUCCAGCAGCACGUCGUACUGCAGGACAUGUGGUGGGUCAACGGCACCCACUACGCAAAGACGUGCGAGCACUGGCUCCAGAAGCAGGACGCACUCAACAAGGGCGCGAAGUCCGUCGAGCUGCUCCGACAGGAUGCCCAGAAAAAGGGCAUCGACCCGUCCGAGGGCGAAAAGACUUUUUACCGCUUCCGCGUCUUCUACCUCGCCUGCGCCGAGUUCUUUGCCACAAACGACGGCAACGAGUGGGGCGUCGGGCACUACCUCUUCCGCCGCAGGGAUUGA